GGCUUUCCCAUUUCGCACAGUCUCGCGAAAUGAGGAACGCGUAACGUUCGAAAUUAACACGAAAGGAAGAAUUUGCGAGACGACUCGACAUCACAAUACACUGUGGUCUCUUGUUAUGGACAGAGUGCUUCGUUUCUUCAUCGUGGAAAGCCCGCCUGUUUCUCCGUAUCGUUCUUGGUUCGAUCGACAGCAACUCAUUGUCUUGCAGCGUUCGUCUUCACGUCGCAUCGCUGCUGACCGCCUUUGAGAAUCUUCUGCCUUUUCAGUAGAUUGAAAACAACAACAGUCGAUCGAGAUGACGAGUAUCCGUAAGAUUUGCGGCAUUGGAGCCGGUUACGUGGGUGGACCUACGUGCAGCGUCAUCGCGCUCAAGUGCCCGGAGAUUCAGGUGACGGUGGUGGACAAGAGCAAGGAGAGAAUAGCGCAAUGGAACUCGCAGAAGCUGCCGAUUUACGAGCCAGGUUUGGAUGAGGUAGUGCAGAAGUGCAGAGGCAAGAAUCUAUUCUUCUCCACUGACAUCGAGACGGCGAUCAAAGAGGCCGAUUUGAUAUUCAUCUCGGUGAACACGCCGACCAAAACCUUCGGCAAUGGCAAGGGUAGGGCCGCAGAUCUCAAGUACGUAGAGAGUGCCGCCAGGAUGAUCGCGGAAAUCGCAACCGGCGACAAGAUCGUCGUGGAGAAAAGCACCGUGCCUGUAAGAGCAGCUGAGAGUAUCAUGAAUAUCCUGCGCGCUAAUCACAAACCAGGUGUCUCCUAUCAGAUCCUCUCGAAUCCUGAAUUUCUCGCCGAAGGUACCGCUAUAGAAGACUUAGUGAACGCGGAUCGGGUACUGAUCGGCGGAGAGGACUCACCGAAAGGUCAGGCGGCCAUCGAGGAACUCUGCAAGAUUUACGAGCAUUGGAUUCCAAGAGAAAAUAUCCUAACUACCAACACGUGGAGCUCGGAAUUGUCAAAGCUGGCAGCCAAUGCUUUCUUGGCGCAACGAAUAUCCAGCAUAAACUCUUUGUCGGCAGUAUGCGAAGCCACAGGUGCCGACGUGUCCGAGGUUGCACGAGCGGUCGGACUUGAUUCGCGAAUCGGUUCCAAAUUCCUUCACGCGUCGAUCGGUUUCGGCGGUUCCUGCUUCCAAAAAGACAUUCUGAAUCUGGUGUAUAUCUGCGAAUGCCUGAAUCUGCCCGAAGUGGCGGCAUACUGGCAGCAGGUGAUCGACAUGAACGAAUAUCAGAAGUCACGAUUUUCCGCGAAGGUCAUAGAGUCCCUCUUUAACACUGUGACGGACAAAAGGAUUGCGAUGUUGGGCUUCGCUUUUAAGAAAAAUACGGGGGACACGCGUGAAUCGCCAGCGAUUCACGUCGCCAAGACACUGCUGGACGAAGGCGCCGUACUUCACAUUUACGACCCCAAGGUCGAGGAGACACAGAUUAUCGAAGAUUUGACUCAUCCGAGUGUGACGAGCAAUCCUGAGCACGUAAAAAGCAGAAUCAGUAUUUACAAGGACGCUUACAGUGCAACGAAGAACACGCACGCGAUCGUGUUGUGCACUGAAUGGGACGAAUUUAUCGAGCUGAAUUACACGCAGAUUUAUGCCGGAAUGAUGAAGCCAGCGUAUAUUUUCGACGGUAGAAAGAUUCUGGACCACGAUCUGCUGCAGAGGAUCGGUUUCGUCGUGCAAACCAUCGGCAAGAGACUCACCAGAUCCGCGAUUUCGAGAGCGUGGGGUAGCCAGACGCAAAUUUAGGAGGAAACGGACCAAUUUACACGCAAUAUUUCCAAUUCGAUAAAAGUAGUACUGAUGACAUAGUUAACGAUAUCUGCGAGUUGCUGCAAAGAGAGAAUUUGCCGAAUUAAUUUAUACAAACUGAUGCAUUUUUUAAAUAAGAGAGAGAAAAUGUGUGAUUGUGUGAGUAAAAGGGAGUGAGUGAAAAAAAUCAAGUCGUACUGUUUUAACGAGUAUGUUUGUCUCAUAACAAAUAUACCGCUACAGACUGCGCAUCGUAAUAUAAACAAUUCGAGAUUACAUGCAACGUUACUUUAUGCUACAUGUAAGUUUGUACAAUUUCCUACAAUUGAUGCACAGACUGGAUCUGGAAGCAGGAAAAGGCACGGUAAUUGCAGAAUAGCCCCUAUAAGCUUUUUUGAAAAUAGAAAAUACAAAUAAAGAAGAUAAGAUUUAUAAGACAUUAAUAAACAAAGGAUAUCACAGUUUUACUUUUCGUCUUUAUUCACUACAAAUUUGCUAUUAUCUUUCAAGUGCCUCAUAUUAUCUUCAUGCUAUCUUCAAAAAAGCGAGCGACUGGAUCCGCCUGUGUUGUUAUUUUAAAUGACGCAUUAUGUAGCUAUUCUAAACCUGCUUGAAGGGGCAAACAGACAAACAAGAAAAUACGUUCUACUUUUCACGUCACAAAAAUAACGUUCCUUUCGUUUCGUUUUAAGGUACAUAUAAUUCUAAAAUGUCACAGAUGCCGCCACUUUUAUUUACUUUCUCAGUUAUACUCGUUUUAAUAAUUUGAAUGGCAUUUUGAUAUUUAGCAUUGUGUGACAACGUGUUAUCAUGAAAAUGUUCCACGCAUCAUCAUGAAAAAUUUACAUACAUAUAAUACACAUGUAAUAAUAAGAGGGCAUUUAUUUUAUUAUCUUUAUAAGACGUUAGAUUUUCGUUCAUAAUUAUAUAUAUUAUCAUAUUUAUAUUAAUUGUUUAUUGCAAAGCUUUUCUUUAUGAAUCUUUCUGUUUCUAUCUAGUCUUCAAUUUUAUUCGGUAAAUUUAUACACACAUACAUAUACAUGUAUGUAUAUAUAUGUAUUUUUCGUUCGUAAUUAUGGAAUAACUUAUCUAAGGCGUUUUAUGUGUUCGUCAUCUGUCUCUUUCGUCAAAAGUAUUUUGAAUAAAAUCUAGAAUUAUCUGCAGUAUUAUAUUACGCCGGUUGUAGGCGGCGUUUGUUGCGAUCAAAAGUUGGGCAAUAGUAUCUUAAUGUUACUUAUACUUUGACUAUAACAGGCGUUAUUGUAAUACGAUGACACUUUAUGAUAGUAUUAUCUAAAAUUAUUAAAAUUUCUUUUGUAGCUGAUAAAUAUAUUGCAUCAGGAAUCAGCACGGUUAUUAUUUUUACAAAGUUGCGUUUUACUCAUACACAUAUAUAAGUAAAUUAAAUUUAACUAUUGAAUAUGACGCGUAUAGUUCGUAAAUAUACACUAUCAAAGUUUAUAAAUAAAUAUUUAUAAAAAAA